UGUGUUUCCUAUCUGCAACUGCUUAUCACAGUACUCUUUCUCUCUCGAUCGGACCUGCUGGAUCUUCUCUGCGUUGCUGACCUGAGAGGACCUUUAUCCAGCAAGUGAGGGAGAGGAGAGGAAAGAGGAAGACAAAGAGUUAGCCCUUGCAAGCGGCGUGUGGACUGAGUGCAGCUGUUUCUUUCAGAGAGGAGCACAACAUGUGAGAAGAUGUCUGUUGGAGGCUGUGCUUGUCCCGGCUGUUCGUCAAAAUCAUUCAAACUGUACUCUCCUAAGGAACCCCCGAACGGUGGCAGCUUUCCCCCCUUCCACCCAGGCGCUAUGCUGGACAGAGAUGUGGGGCCUACACCCAUGUACCCACCGUCAUACAUGGAGCCUGGAAUGGGGAGACCCACACCGUAUGGGAACCAGACGGAUUACCGGAUAUAUGAGCUCAACAAAAGAUUACAGAAUUGGACAGAGGACUGUGACAAUCUCUGGUGGGAUGCCUUCACCACAGAGUUUUUUGAGGAUGACGCGAUGCUCACAGUCACUUUCUGUCUGGAAGAUGGUCCCAAGCGAUACACUAUCGGCAGGACGCUGAUUCCUAGAUACUUCAGAAGUAUUUUUGAAGGAGGAGCAACAGAGCUGUUCUACGUUUUGAAGCAUCCAAAAGAGUCUUUCCACAGUAACUUUGUGUCACUUGACUGCGACCAAUGUACUAUGGUGACCCAAAAUGGCAAACCCAUGUUCACACAGGUGUGUGUUGAGGGCCGUCUGUAUCUAGAAUUUAUGUUCGAUGACAUGAUGAGGAUCAAGACGUGGCAUUUCAGCAUCAGGCAACACAGAGAGGUCUUACCACGAAGCAUUUUGGCUAUGCAUGAUCCCCAGAUGCUCGAUCAGCUGGCUAAGAACAUCACCAGGUGUGGGCUGUCCAACUCAACGCUCAACUACCUCCGUUUAUGUGUGAUAUUGGAGCCGAUGCAGGAGUUGAUGUCCAGGCACAAGACGUACAGCUUGAGUCCAAGAGACUGUCUGAAAACCUGCCUUUUCCAAAAGUGGCAAAGGAUGGUGGCACCUCCAGCUGAGCCAGCAAGACAAGCUCCAAACAAGCGGCGAAAAAGGAAAGUGUCUGGCGGAAGCAACGUGAGCUCCGGCGGAGGCGGCAAUAACAACAGCAACAGCAAAAAGAAGAGUCCGGCCAACAGCUUCUCACUCUCUAGCCAGGACCUGGUUGGAACAAAAACCUGUACAGUGCCGGAGCUUGAGGACCGGAGUUGAGAACCACUACGCAAAAUCUCUUACCGCACACUCACCAGCCACAACGCACGCACACACACACACACACACACACACACACACACACACACACACACAGACCAGUCCACGCACCAAUACUGUCGCCUACAUCUGUGGCCCCAAACAGUGAGGUACUGGAGAGAGGUGGUACGCAGCAUGUCUGGACCAGAGCACCAGACGCCACAAAGUUGUGUUUUUAUGUCCUAUAUUUUAGACUUAAUUUUUUUUAAUGUAAAGUAUUUGGAAAAAAGGCAAGCAAACAAUAACACCCCAGGAUUUUCUUUGCACUGUUUUCCACUAUUAACGGCAGUCUAUUUUUCUUACGUGUAUUUUUUUUUUUCUAUUACUGCUUAUGUAAGAAAUGUGAAACAUUUGAGACCUUCAGUAUAUUAAUGUAUAAGUAUUGCUGUUAGAUCAUUCUUAAUGUGACGGUAAUAAUUCUGUAAGCUUUUGUCGUCAUCUGGCAGAGGUGUGGACUUCAGUCAAACAUUUAACUAUUUUAGACACAAAAUGGUAGAAACUCAACUUGGACUUCCAACACCAGUCACUCUUGACUUCACUUGGAUUUUAGCCUUUUAACUUGAAAAUGCUUGAUAUUUUACCCCAAAACAAAAAGUAUGGUUCUAAAAAACAGUUUUCCCCUGUUACUAAUAUAAAUAUUUGAUCAGCUUUGGUAAUUUAAGAAUGGAAAUUCUAAGUUUAGGAUUUUAGAUCUGACCUAAAAUUUGAAUGUCUUCGGUGUAGACAAAGACUUGGUCCCACCUCUGCUAUGUGGCCUCAGUAAUAAACAGGUUAUUGUUUUUUAGUACUGUGCUACAUCUAAUCUGAUGCCAGUCCAAAGCAGAACUCCAGGUAUCUGUUUCCCCACUAAAUCUGUUGUCCCAUCCUUGCAGAAGUGUCUAUUUUGUUCUUAAAUCUCUUAUUCUCCGGGGGGUUCUUCAGAAAAAUAUAGUAACAGAAAACUUCUUGAAUUUGCUACGCAGAAUAUUUUAAAAAUCAAGUUUUAACUGGAUUGUAAAAUAGGAAAACUUUUGUAUUAACUUAAGCUUCCCAGCAAUGUUUUUAAAUUACAAUAAAGAAAGCUGCAGACCAAGGAGCUCCAUGUAAAGACUCUUACACACUGCGGUUGUUUUUUUAAAUUUUUUGUUGGCUUUUCUCAUGUUUGUGUCUGUGCUUGUAUAUUUUUAGGUAGUACUUUCUGUAAAAGUUUUAUGUAUUCGUUUGGAACUAUGAGAAACUCAAUCUAAUGUAAAGAAAUAAGAAAAAAAAAAACCGGUAAGUUGUUUUAAAAACAUGACUUUUAAUGGUACAAUCACUGAUAAAAUAACUUUACCUUCAUUUUAGCAAACUAUUUAUUUUUCUAUGUACUGAUGUUCUGUUUAGGUUUAACCCACCUGUACAAUACUCAUGAUUAUAUCUGGAGGAAUUUGUGCUGUUGCUGCUGAGUCCUGAUGUUAAUCCCAGUGAUUCUAUGUUGGUUUGAAAUGAAUCUUUUUAAACACUUUUUAUCCACGUUGAUAAUCUUCAUCGGAUAAAUUCACCUAUGUAGUAGUUAAAUUGCUGCAUUUUUUUUAAACUGCUGUCGGUGUGCAGGUACACACACGGUGAAAAUGAAGAGUCAGGGCCUCAGCAGCGAUGGCCAGUGCUUAGUAGUUUGCUGGUUCUUCCACCAGGUGUCCCUCAAAGCACCAGACUGAGCAGCUGGACAGAAAUUCCUCCAAAACCGUGUACAAAUCCACAACGAGCUGUCGUGUUUUACACCCUUUUUCAUUGUCUCCCGGUGCCUCCUAGGCUACUUUUAUUUGUGGUGUACCAGUUCAGCAGGCGGACAUGGACUCAAAUCCAGGGUCAACUUACCAGCACCCUGUGCUUUUUAUAGGUUGACAUAAUAUGGGAAAUAUAAGCGUGUGUGAGGCAGAGAAAUGGCAAUGCACCUGUAGCUGGCUCUGUAGCACCUCAUCGCAGGGGUGGUUUUAUAUAUUUCUUUGCCAGGUUUCUGUCAGUAAUAAUUAUUGUAUGUUAUCAAUAAAGAUGGAUUUUCACUGAA